AUGUGGAUGCAUUGCAUUUUGAGGUCUGGGUUGCUGUUUGUCACUCUGUCUCUUGCCAUUGCCAAGCACAAGCAAUCUUCCUUCGCCGCAAGUUGCUACCCAAGGAGAACACUGUCCCAAGCUGUUGAUAUGCUCUAUGUCAAGGCAGCAAGGCUCAAAGCAACAAUUCCAGAAGAUCGCGUAAAAAAAGUACAGUUAUUAAAAAAGAAAACAAAAAAGCUAUUUAUGAAAAACUGCAGACUCCAAGGACAACUACUGUCCUUUUUCAUGGAAGAUGUUUUUGGUAAACUCCAAUUACAAGUUUGCAAGGAAAUACACUUUGUGGAAGACUUUCACAGCCUUAGGCAGAAAUUGAGCCACCUUAUUUCCUGUGCUUCAUCAGCUAGAGAAAUGAAAUCCAUUACCAGGAUGAAAAGAAAAUUUUAUGAGAUUGGAAAGAAAGGAAUCUACAAAGCCGUCAGUGAACUGGCUAUUCUUCUUUCCUGGAUUAAACAAUUUCUGGAAAGCAUUAAGUAA